AUGAAGGCCUCAAUCCAAAAUGUUGCACUUUUGGCAACUCUCUUCCUCGAAUCAGCAUCGGCCUCUUGCGGUCAUGGCACAUCUAUGAUGAAGAGACAUGUACACAUGAAGCGUGAUCUCAAUGGUGGAUUACAAAAGCGUGUCGAGGUAGCGACCUUUGGUUAUUUGGGUGAAACCGGACCAACCAACUGGGACAAACUUGCACCAGAGAAUGCCGCUUGCCGUACCUCAAAGGUCCAGUCACCUAUCGAUAUCAAUCCCGAAACUUCCACCCUCGUCGAGGCUGGAAAGCUGAAGAUGGACUUCCCUCACUUGGAAGGAGCUGAGUUUGAGAACCUGGGGUCAACUAUCGAAGUUAUCAUGGAGGGAAAGAAUGCAACGACCACUGUGGAUGGAAAAGUUUUCAACCUUGCCCAGUUCCACUUCCACACCCCAGGAGAGCAUGCCAUUAAUGGAGAGUACAUGCCACUCGAGAUGCACAUGGUUCACGAAGCUGAGGAUGGAGCUCUUGCUGUCAUCGCCGUUCCAUUCCAACUUUGCGAAGCUGGUGGAUCCAACCCUCUCUUGAACGCUCUCCUUCCAUCCAUGGAAGCCAUCAGAGAGCCAGGAAAAGUCACCGAGACCGGUCCAAUCGACUUCUCUGGUCUCAUCGCUGCCCUUGAGGUCCAGCCACUUCGAACAUACUCAGGAUCCCUCACCACUCCACCUUGCGCCGAGGGUCUUACAUUCUUUGUCGCCACCCAGACUCUCCCUCUCGAUGUCAAGACCUACAACUUGAUGAAGAGCAUCAUCGGAUUCAACAGCCGCUUCGUUCAGAACGCUGUUGGAGCCGACAACCUUCUCGCUCUGUAA